UCGAUAUUGAUUUUCUCUGUCAUUUCUUCCACUCCAUGUACUAAGAAGAAGAGGAGCGUCCUAAAUACAAGCCCAUGGUCUCCCAGCUCGCUGCCCCCAAAAAUCCUGAGGGGGAUAGGGUGGACUUUGACGUGAGCCUACAUGACAUCCACAGGAAAAGAAUGGAGAAGGAUCUUUUGGAGCUGCAGACCCUGAUCGACGUCCAUUUUGACCAGAGGAAGAAAGAAGAGGAAGAGCUCAUUGGACUCAAGGACAGGAUUGACAACCGCAGAUCAGAGAGAGCGGAGCAGCAGCGUGUGCGAGCAGAAAAGGAACGGGACAGACAGACGAGAAUUGCGGAAGAGCGGCAGAGGAAAGAGGACGAGGAAGCCAAGAAAAGGGCGGAUGAUGAAGCCAAGAAGAAGAAAGUGCUCUCUAACAUGGGGGCUCACUUUGGGGGUUUCUUGGCAAAGGCAGAGCAGAGGAGAGGGAAGAGACAAACAGGGAGGGAGAUCAAGAAGAAGACACUGGCAGAGAGGCGCAAACCCCUCGCCAUUGACAACCUGAGAGAGGACGGCCUGAGGGAGAGAGCUAAAGAGAUGUGGGAGUGGAUUUACCAGCUUGAGUCAGAUAAAUUUGACCUGACUGAAAAGACGAGACGACAGAAAUACGAGAUAAACGUUCUUCUGAAUAGAAUUUCUCAUGCCCAGAAAUUUAAAAAGGUCCAUGGUAAGGGAAAGGUUGGAGGUCGCUGGAAGUGAGCACACAGUGGAAGCAGUGAAGAAAGAAGACCACAUUCUGUU